AUGAUCUGGAAUGCUGGUGGCGACGACGUCAUCACUACCGAGGGCUAUAACUACUACUCCUACCAGCAGCAGCUGGGACUGGGCGGCGGUCAAUUCGUUGACCAUGGAUUAGGUCAAGCAGCAGAACUACUCCACGCUCCUGCUCCUGCUGGUGGGAGCAGCGGUGGACAUGGUGAUGAUCAGGAUGGAAGUAAGAAAAAGGCGGUGAACCGGAAGGAGAUCGAACGGCAGAGAAGGAAGCAGAUGUCGACCCUCCAUUCCUCCCUCAUUUCCCUCUUGCCACACCACUCCCUCAAGGGAAAGCGGUCGAUGUCGGAUCACAUGGGGGAGGCGGUGAAUUACAUCAAGCACUUGGAGAGCAACAUCGGGGAGUUGAGCAGCAAAAGGGACAAGCUCAAACGAUCCUCAUCAUCAUCAGCUGUCGACCAGCAGCACUCGACCAACACUACUACUGAUCAGCAGUUAGCAGCAGGUGGAAGCAGGAGGAGGAAUGGGUCCGGCAGCAGCGUGACGGUGCGCCCACAUUCGGCUGGGGUGGAGGUGGUGACGAGCAGCGAUAAGGGUGGUGGGUUCGAACUGUCGAGGGUGGUGGAAGCUGUCAUACAAGAAGGCUUCGAUGUCACCAGCUGUGUUUCCACCCAAAGGCAAGCCCGCUUCUACAACACUAUGCAGUGCCAAGCUAGUGCGGCUAAUAGCUAUAUCGAUCUGACAGCGCUGGAGCGAAAACUCAACCAUGUUUUAUCAUACCAGUGA